AUGUCGACUACAGAAGCAUCCACGGAACCUACUGAACCCUUUCCGUCCGAGUCAACGACUACUUUAGCUGAAACCACCACUACAGAGACCGAAACCACCACAGUUAAGCCCACCACUACCACUGCUGACAUGACAACUACAACUGGCUGUGACAGCGUUACCCCCCUGACAACAGUAGUUUUGGCUAGCCCGACGCCUGUCUUUGAUGACGACCUUGACCAUGAUAACGACUAUGUUAAGGUCACUCUGCCUUGGGCUCCGAAUCGAUCAAGCGGCACCAGUAUCAUUGUCAGUGUAAACGGUGUUCUGUCGAUUCCCAGUGAGAAUGGUGGCCCCGGAGCUGCUGUAAACGAACCACUCAAGUCUUCCAUUCUGCCACCCUGGUCUUUCUUACCAUACUGGGACGACUUCUAUCUUGAUCGAGCCAAAGGUCAUACCGUUGUCUACGAAGUGUUUCAAGGCUUAUAUGGUCGCCAGGUCAAUUUUGAGUGGGUUGUAGGAAAACAAAACGAAGGUGGUAUCUUUCAUUUUGAAGCUACCUUGUAUGAGGAUUACCCUAACGACAUGGCAUUCCAAUACUACAAGAUGCCUGACUCUGGUGGGAGUGCAACAGUCGGCUGGCAAAAACCGAUAAACUCUGGAUCUUUUGUUCAAUACUGUUUCAAUGAGGCCGGUAAAGUGCCAGAUGGAUUCAAGAUCAAUUUUGUCACAACUGACCGACAAGCUUACCCAAGCAGUUUUGACAACACUGAGUGUGGGAAGGGCGCCGAUCGAGCAUAA